AUGGCUUUCAUGCAAAAAGAAUUCACCACCCCACCUCCCCUACCAAAACCUGGCACACCCCACUCGUCAACCCCAUGGAAACCUGUUGGCCCUGGGAUCUGGGAAUUACUUCUAAAUGGGGACACGGAACAUAAAUCUGUGCUACAAUGGUGGGAACCGAAUACCGCCACAACAAACGAGCCCAUUACGCACACUUUUAUUGAAGAGGUGUGUUUCCUGCAAGGUGGACUCGAGGAUCUUUCGCGGGAUCAGUCAUGGGGUGUUGGUGCAUAUGCCUAUCGUUCACCGGGCAUGCUACAUGGACCAUACCGGGCAUCUAAUGAGGGGUGUUUGAUGUUUGUGAAAGUCAUCCCUGCCGAGUCUUCUGGUUAG